AUGAACGCGGACUUGAAGCGAGUCCGCGAAUCGGGUGUAGAUGAUGGACCUUCUCCACUCAAACGGAGGGCUACAGGACUCGCAUCACCUCCGCCAGCUGUCAACCUAGAAGAUGCGGGUCUAGAAGAAUGGCAGAAAGUCAUGGAAACACAUCGCAAAGAGGCUAUCUACCGACAGAUGCUGGAAAACCGUCGGCGUGAGGAAGCUGAGCGGAGGCGAGCCGAUGAGAUCAAACUUCAGGAACAAAAGCUGCAGGCUUCUGUUCAAGCUGUCGAAAUCUGCUGGAACCAGCUGGUUGCCGCCGUUCGAUCACUCUGCCCAGCGGACAAAACCAACGUUCAAACUGCCCUUGAACCCGUCCUUGACCCUUCCUUACCGCAUGAGCAUCUCAAAACCGCACUAGAAUCAAGAUUGCCAGCGACUACUCACCUGGUGGAGACUAUUCUCAAGUCAAAUCCGAAUACAAGACCGUCCAGUGAUGAGAUUGUGUCUAGGAGCAUUCGAGCGGAAGCAGAGGCCAGCACUAUGCGCGCAAACGUACAGAAGCUGCAAUCUCAGAUAGUCUCACUCUCCGAUUCCUCACACAACUUCGAGCGGGACUUGUUACGUGCACAAAAAGCCUUGGAUAGACAGCGUAUGGAACAUGAUAAGCGGAUAAAAGAAUUAGAGGCGCAAACGAGUAGUAUGGCAUCGCCAUCUCUGGAGAAGAUUGCGAACGGGUCUGGACACGCAACGCCGAAUGGCAAAGCCGAGGAUCCUAUGGACAAUCAAGCCAAUGGUCCUACCACCCUCAUUGUCAACUCUGCAGAGCUCGAGGCAAAGGCGGACUCUAGACUGAAACUGUUAGAAACUCUGAGAGCAGAACACACCGCUCUUCAGCAAGAGUGUGAUCAGUUGAGACUUCUCGUGUCUCAUCCCACCGAAGCCAUGCUGCGGCAAUCACCAUUCUUCCAAGUGUAUCUUCAACAAUUGGCCAUCCAAAUGGACCUGGCCACGGGCGCGCAACAGCGAUUCGAGGCUUCCGAACAACGGUUAGAUCGACUUACUGCGAACAAUCAGGAGUUCCAGAACUAUGCACUUUCCGACAAGAAGGCAGAGACGGAUGUGUUGAGACAGCAGAACGCGAGAAAAGAUGCGGAUUUAGCGAGAAUACGAGGACUCAGGGAUGAUGCGGCGGCUGAGUUGGCAGAACUCAAGGCGAAGGAGAUUGAAAAGAUGAAUUUUGCGGGUGAAAUGGAAAAGCUUGCAAACGCUCGAGCGGAUCGUAUACAGUUGCUCUCCUCCGAGGUGACAAGACUCAAGGGCAAGCUGGGGGCGGAAGCUGGCUCAGCGGGAUAUCUGUCAUUUCUUCGCGGAGACGGCGGCAUCGAUGGCGACUACGUCAAAGAUCUGGAGGAGAAAUUGCAGGAUCUCAGAAGCCAGGUAUCAGCCAUAUCCCAAUCCAACAACUCGGCAUCCGAAUCCCUCCAAGCCGAUCUCGAGGCAGCCCGUCGGACACUGUCACGCUACGAACGAGUCCUAGGUCCGAAUCCCGAGGCUGUGGAGGAUAUUCAGCAACUGGCACAGAAACUGGACGCUGCGGACAAGGAGAAUGCCAAGUUGAAGCUUCAACUUUCCGAAGCAGAGGCAUCGACCAACGCGUUGUACACCGAGGUGGAGGGUCUGUCAAAGCUAUGGGAAGGCCUGGACAAGACGGCGCACAGCAAAGUAUUCGACCUGAAGGACACGGAACUCAAAAUGGGUCGUUUGGCGACGGAAAAGGCCAAGGCGGACAAUAAGUAUUUUCAAGCGAUGCGAACCAAGGAAGCGAUUGAUGUGGAAUGCAAGACGGCUCAGCGGAGUGUAGAGAAACAGCUUAAAAUGCUUGACAAGGCACAGGAGGUGGAAAAGGCACUCAAUGCUCAGCUGGCCACGCACGAGAAAGGCCUCACUGCGCUCAAAACCGAGGCUAUGGAUCUCCAACGCCGACUCGCAUCGGUAUCUUCUGAGAAGAUCCAAUUGGAAACUCGACUGUCUGAAUCUCAGAGUUCGCUGGCAGAUGCACAGGCCGUCAUGCGUCAGCGAGUAGCGGCUCAUGCCGCUGAAAAGUCAACCAGAGAAAAGUUGGAAGAGGAAGUGGAGAGCAAUGCAAUUGUCAUCAAGCGAUACCAAGAACGCGAGGAGCGGGCCAAAACUUCUGGAGGGGCAGUCUUUGAUCAGGACCAAAAGGAUGAGACUGAAAAGCUCUGGGCCGUCCUCAAGUGUCAGUCAUGCAAGCACAACAUGCGAAGCAAGGUCAUCAAUGGGUGUUAUCACACUUUCUGUGCGCCCUGUCUCGACUCGCGGAUUGAGACGAGACAACGCAAGUGCCCGGCUUGCGGGAGGUCCUUCGCGAAGGAGGAUGUCCAUACGAUCUUCUGGCAGUAG